AUGGGGGAGGGAAUCAGCGCUGGCCUCCUGGGGGCAGUGGGGGGGACUGAGGGGCUGGAGGGGGACAGGGGAUAUUGGGGGGCCCCGCCCCGGUCUCACCCCCGUCUCUCGCAGGCGCUGGGCUCCCGGGGCCACGUGUGCGCGGAGGUGGAGUCGCAGACGCGCCGGCGGGUCCAGGCCAUGCAGGGGGGCCAGGCCCAGGGCAAGGAGCGGGUCCUGCGCCAGCUGCUGGGCCUGGUGUGUGCCCCACACCCCCAGCUGCACCCCAACUACCGCCCCGGCGCCUAGG